AUGGCUUCUUUCGCGGGUCUCAUCGACCAGAGCAUAUACACUGUGCCCUCCUUCACGCUCGAGUCGGGAUGCGUGCUAAAAGAGGUCCCGGUGGCGUACAAGACGUGGGGGAACUUGAACGCGACCAAGGACAAUGUCAUGAUCAUCUGUCAUGCAUUCACUGGUAGUGCAGAUGUCGAGGACUGGUGGGGUCCGCUCAUGGGGCGUGGCAAGGCCUUUGACCCGCGGCGCUUCUUCAUAUGCUGUUUUAAUGUCUUGGGCUCGCCUUACGGCUCUGCGUCUCCUGUCACUAUUAAUCCUGACACGGGCAAGCGGUAUGGCCCCGAGUUCCCCGGGACGAGCAUUCGGGACGACGUCAGACUGAACAAGCUCGUCCUUGAUCACCUCGGCGUCAGCUCCGUCGCAGUCGCCAUAGGCGGUUCCAUGGGUGGGAUGGCCAUCCUCGAAUGGCCUCUCUGCACGCCACCGGGCUACGUCCGGCACAUCAUCCCCAUCGCCACCUCCGCGCGGCACUCCGCCUGGUGCAUCAGUUGGGGCGAGGCGCAGCGCCAGAGCAUCUACAGCGACCCGAACUACGAGGACGGCUACUACACCGCGCAGCCCGCGUCCGGGCUCGCGGCAGCGCGCAUGGCCGCGCUCCUCACCUACCGCUCGCGCGACUCCUUCGAGCACCGCUUCGGCCGCAAGCCCCAGAAGCUCCCGCCGCCCGCGGACGGCGUACCCACGCCCCCGCUCUCGCCUGCGCCCCGCGAGGCCGACGACGCGCUCGCUGCGCACAACGACGGGCAGCGUAAGCGGUCAACGCCGUCUGCCCCAGGCACGCCCCAGGCCUCCCGCCCGCUCUCGCCCGCGCCCGUGCAGGCGAAGCCGAUCUUCAGCGCCCAGAGCUACCUCCGGUACCAGGGAGACAAGUUCAUCUCGCGCUUCGACGCGAACUGCUACAUCCACAUCACGCGCAAGAUGGACACCCACGACGUCUCUCGGGACCGGCUUCUCCCCGGCGAGGACGAGCACGCCGCGCUCGCGCGCGUCCUCGCAACGCUCCCGCCCCGCGCUCUGGUCAUUGGCAUCCAGACGGACGGGCUGUUCAUGCCCAGCGAGCAGCGUGAGAUCGCGAAGCAUAUUCCUGGUGCGGAGUGUGUGAUCAUCUCGUCGCCGGAGGGACAUGAUGGAUUCCUAUUGGAGUUCGAGCUCAUCAACGAAAAUAUCAUGCGGUUCUUGAAGAGGGAGUUCCCGGACUACUACGAGGUGGAGGUCGCAGAGGAGCCCGAAGAAGGGUUUGAUAUCAAAAAGACUAGUUUGUUCGGGGAAGCAGAGGCAGACAUUGCCAGGUGGUAG